UCUUGUUUUGAAGUUGGAGAUUGCAUUAUUAUUGAAAAGGAAACAAAAGUUGGAGAUUGUAUUAUGUUUAAAAAUGAAAAGAAACGUAUUAUUGAAAUUAUUUCUGAUAAUCUCUUAAAAAUUGAAGGCUGUUUCUCUGAAAAUAUUCAAGAUAAAUGGCAUUCCUUUAAAAUUUUAUCUAAAUCAAAGCUUAAUGGGUUAAUUGAUAUUUAUGCUGAUACUUACGAAAAUUUUCCAAUCGAUCCAUGUAUUGAUGAUGGAGCAUACAAAGCACCUCAACUAUUUAUAUUUCUGGAUUGUAAACAAGCAUCAA